AUGCACGUUAAAGUUUCCUGCCCAAUAAAUAUUGCAUUGCUGAAAUACUGGGGAAAAAGUGAUAAUCUUAAUAUCUACCCCGUAACUCCCUCAAUAAGUUUAACAUUAAAUCAAUCACAAGUAUUAGCGUUUGAAAUCUUACACACCAUUCAGGUUGGAACAAUAACAACUGUAUCUAUCAGUAGUGAGUUGAAGGAAUCACAUUUCAAGCUCAAUGGAAAAACCAAAAAGUUCCCAUCAAGGCUUCUGGAUGUUUUAAUCAUUGCUCAGCUUCGUGCUAGACUAUCAGGGAAAACAAUCGUGUCACCAUUCGUCUCUUUAGUAUCUGAUAAUAACUUUCCUACUGCUGCUGGACUGGCAUCAAGUGCAUCUGGAACUGCUGCAUUUGCAUUCGCUCUGGGUAAACUUUACGGAUUAGAUGGUGACUUUUCUGACUUUUCCCGACGUGGUUCUGGUUCUUCUUGUCGUAGUCUGUCUGGAGGAUUUAUAUAUUGGCCAACCGUUCGGCCUGAUUACAAUUCUCACUCCUGUGUCCAGCAGUUGUUCCGUGCAUCCCAUUGGCCAGAACUUAAACUGUUGAUUUGCAUUACGAAUGAUCAAUGUAAGCCUAUUGGAUCAACUAAUGCAAUGCAGAAUUGCAUAGAGACAAGUGAUUUAUUUCGAAAUGGCCGGCUACAAUCGUCUAAACAUCAUGAGAUGAAAAUAAUUGAUGCUAUAACAAGUCGUGAUUUCUCUGCUUUAGCAGAAGCCACCAUGCGUGAAAGUAAUCAACUUCAUGCUGUGUGUUUGGAUACUUGGCCUCCAUGUGUCUAUUUAAAUCAUAUAAGUCAUUGUCUGAUGGGAUUUGUUCAUCAGAUCAAUAAACACUUUAUGAAGACUGUUGUUGCCUAUACCUUCGAUGCUGGUCCAAAUGCAUUUCUACUGAUGGAAGUCAACAAUAUUCCAGUGAUUCUCAGUUAUCUCAUUGAAUGUUUUGGUUGUACACCACCACCAACAACAACAACCACAGCAGCAGCAUCCAGUGACUCUUCCGCUGAUGCUGUUAAAAGCAGAAACUCGGAAAAACAGCUAAAGAUAACCGGAAUUUCCUACACGCCGUCAAAUGAUCCACUUGAUCCGGAACUGCUGAAGGAAUUACCCAAUGCUCCCGGUGGUAUACUUUAUGUAAUCAGCACUGAAAUUGGUGAUGGUCCAGAGGUGAUUUCUUUCGUUGAAGAUGCUUAA